CGGGGCAUCUUUCAAACCCGAUAUUUCGUUACGGGAAAACUGUAUAACCCAAAACCCUAAAACCUGACGUACAAGGUAGAAGGAGCAAGUCCCAGAUCCUCCAAUUUAUCCGCAAAAGCUCCGUGCUUUAGCUCUCUAAGAUUGAAAUGGGUUGGAAGGCAGCUGAGAAGCUCAUUAGGCACUGGAAAAUUCUCAGGGGUGACAAUGUGAUGAUAAUUAGGGGCAAAGAUAAAGGUGAAACUGGCAUUAUCAAACGCGUUAUUCGAUCUCAGAAUCGGGUUAUUGUUGAAGGGAAAAAUCUGGUAAAAAAGCACAUUAAGCAAGGACCAGGUCAUGAAGGUGGUAUAUUUACGGUUGAGGCUCCACUUCAUGCCUCAAAUGUUCAAGUUGUUGACCCCGUUACUGGGACGCCUUGUAAGGUCGGAGUUAGAUAUCUAGAAGAUGGAACUAAGGUGAGAGUAUCUAGAGGUAUAGGAGCAUCUGGUUCUAUAAUUCCUCGCCCUGAGAUCUUGAAGAUAAGGACAACACCAAGACCUACAGUUGCUGGUCCAAAGGAUACUCCAAUGGAUCUUGUAUUGGAGAAGACAUAUGAUUCUAAAACCGGGAAGGGUAUGCCCGACCUUUAAAGAACCUCUUUCAAUCUCAUGGGAGGCUUCAAACAUAUUGUGCUGAGAGGCUAUGGAAAUAUGGUACAUGGAUCUGGGGCAUUUGCCUAGCAUGAAUAAUGUUCUUACGAGUCUGCAUCUAGCUUUAAUCUGGUUGGCAUAUGUUGCAAGUAAAUCUUCUGGAUUGUAUUUAAACGUCCAAGGUUUAGCACGUUUCUGUUGGAUUACCAUUCACCAAUUUCUUGUGCGUCUAUACCGCAUCUGUUAAGACAGUCUCACAGAUGAAAAUGAAUUUGUAUCGCUGUAUCAGAAGUGGUGAUCUCGAGGAAUUAGAUUGAAAUCACCCGCUUUUCUGUUUAUCCAAAAGGGAUCUUCUAUUGGUUCCACCUAACUCAGUAUGUGAUCUUCGAUCCGGAUUAAGAGUUCUUUUUUGCUUUUUUAAAAUAACAUUAAGGGUUCUUAAUGAUUUGAGA